UUGAGGGUUUAUUUGAUGUAGGGGUUGAAACAUUUCCAGACACAACUUUUAGUUGGGUGGAUGUUAGAGAUGUUGCUGAUGCACAUAUUCAAGGUUUUGAAAAUCCUUCAGCUAAUGGGAGAUACUUAUUAGUUGAAAGAGUUUCACACAUCUCUGAAGCUCUGAAGAUUUUGCGUGGGCUCUACCCUGCUCUUGCCCUUCCUGAAAAAUAUGACGAUAAAAAGACUUCUCAGCCAAACUUUCAAGUAUUGAAUAAGAAAGCAAAAACUCUAGGGAUUAACUUCACUCCUUUCGAGGUGAGCCUAAAGGAUACUGUUGAGAGCUUGAAGGAGAAGAACUUCCUCCGUGUCUAA